ACUCUAGUUAAAAAAACUUAUAAUCGAUUCUACGCGAAAGCUGAUUUGGCUUUGUUGGGUGAAGUCCAACAUUUUAAUCCCUAUGCGGCUGAAAACAAGGAGAAAGCGUGGAUGGAUGUGGUGAAAAGUCUGAACGAUGCUGCUCUGUUUUCAAAGUCUCUGGACGUCCGAGCUGUGAAAGAAAGACUCAGCGUGCUCAUCACGGCAUUCCAGGCGAACGACCUGCAAAAGAAGUUCCGAAGUGGAACGGAGGAGGACUACAACAAGAUGGAGCAGCUACUCCAGGAAAUUUUGACUCUUGUAAAGAGCGCCGAUGAAACGCGUCAGCAGAAAUCUAAGGCCCAUGCUGAGCAAAUGGCGAUGCGUAAGCGGACAGCGGCCUUCAUGGUUUCUGCAGGAGAGCACGGGCGAAAGAAGGGCGAGCAGGAAGCUCCUGACGAUGUCUCCGUUUUAUCCGAUGAUGAAGAUGCCAUGAACGACUGGCUCAGCGCCAACGGCGGCGACAUUCAAGAUUGGCAAGAGGAAGUUCGUCUCCGACGGGCAGAAAAAGCAGCCACUGUCCCACAAAUGUCAGAAGAGAGGAAAUUCAAAUCUUCCCGAGCUAUGCGAAAAGAUAAGGAAGCAGAAAGUGACAUUAUGUGGAUGAAUUUUAUGAAAGAGCAGGACGAGAAAAAGCUGAAAUUCAAAGAACAGCAAGCCGCUGACGCAAAAGAGAUCGAAUUAAAAAAACUGGAUAUUGAACGUGAGAGAAUUGCAGUGGAGAAAUUAAAAUGGCAGGCAAUUUUAGGCCGGGGGUCAAAUAACAAUUUUUUUGAUUUGUAAAUGUGAUUUUUUCAGAUUUUUGUUUUAUUUGUUGUUUUAUUUUUUGAGAUGUUUUUUAUUGAAAUAUUUUCUCAUUGUAGAUUACCGAAAUUUAUUUCCGAUGUUUAACACAGGUAUUCUUCCAGUGUUGGUGGUUCAACAU